AUGGCAAGCCCUGAAAGUGGCGACAUGGCACAGUUCGGCGAAAUCGACAAGUCCCGCGACCGCUACCCUUGCUGCAUAGUCUGGACCCCAAUCCCGUUCCUGACCUGGCUUUUCCCCAUUAUUGGGCACAUGGGGAUAGCCCUGUCCUCGGGGGUUAUCCGGGAUUUUGCCGGCCCUUACUACGUUUCCGAAGACGACAUGGCCUUCGGCCGCCCUACUAAGUACUGGCAGCUGAAACCGUCACUGGCACACGGGGGAAUUUCCGGCUGGGACCGUGCAGUUACUGAAGCUUCAGAAAUUUAUAGCGGACGUAUGCACAAUUUAUGCUGCGAUAAUUGUCACUCUCACGUUGCCACCGCGCUUAAUCUGAUGCAAUAUGAUGAUUCGAAAAGUUGGAAUAUGGUGAAAUUGGCAUUUUUUAUGUUGUUGUACUCAAAGUAUGUUAGUUUUGCUGGGUUUGUUAAGACAUGGCUGCCGUUUUUGAUUCUGGUUACUUUAAUAGUGUGUGCGUGCGUUUUUACAAAAUAA